AUGGCUUCCAGGACGGUGGAUCUAGGAGCUCUGAUACCAGAUGUAAGAUCCCUGCGGAUUUCUAGGAUGGUCGCCGUCCAGUCGCUGUCCAGGUCCUCGCUGGCAGGUGGGAGCGGGACGUUGACACAAUCCCCACUCCCUCCCGAUGCAGACGGAGGCGCGGGUGAGCAGCAGCAGCGCCACAUCGGCACGGCGGCGCACCUGGCCGCCGGCGGGCUCGCCGGCGUCGUCAGCAAGACCUGCACCGCGCCGCUCGCCCGCCUCACCAUCCUCUUCCAGGUGGCAGGUAUGCAUUCAGAUGAUGCAGGUCUAAAAAAGUGUAUUAUUUGGCACUAGGCUUCACGGAUUGUUUGAUAAGAAGGCUUCGGGGCAUUUUGGAAAGGCAACCUAGUGACAACUGUACAUCGGUUACCUUAUUCU